UUGCAUUUGAAAAAUACAAAAAUAAAGUAUGGCUUCACCACGUAUUUCGUUAAUAGACUUAUCAAAACAUUUCUAUUUUAAUAUCGAUGAGAAGACAAAAAAAGAACUCUGCUUUGCUGAAACUCUUAUCAUUAGCUGUGGACAUAUUGAGGGAGAUAUCCGAGAUGACGAAAGUUCAGAUUGGACUUGUGAAGAAUCUGACAGUCGGCAGUCCGUGGAACUGAAACAUGACGAAUAUAUCAAAGUAAAAGAACCUAUUGAAGAAGAACCUGGAGAUGUGCAAGAUGCAGAAGAUAAUGAUUUUCACUUUUACUUCUUUCCAGAUUGUACGAAACCGUUACCCUCGGCAAAUAGUAAGGAUAGUGUUAUCAUUGAGGAUGGCAUGCCUAAACUUAAUCCCGCUAUUAGAAAUAAUAAUAUGGACUUCUGUACAUGUGAGGUAGAUAAAAACGGAGAGUGUCCUUGUAUAAUUAAGAUUCCUUGCCUAUGUGGAGCUAAGACACGACAUACAUGCAAAUGCAUAAAAGUGGAAAGCCUUUGCAUAUGUGAUGUAUAUAAUCCCCAGCUAGUAUGCACUUGCAAGUCUAGUGAAGUUUGCUUAUGUCAUUCUGAUGGUAAACCAAGACCAAAGUGCACAUGUGAAGAGAUUAAGAAACCUUGCAUUUGUGCAACUGAUAAAUUCCCUUUUCCUGUUUGUCCCUGUGAAACUAAACCUACGCUAAUCAAUACUCACAUGGAAGUAAUUUAUGAUGAAUGUGGUGAAGUUAUAGAAGAAGAAAGUGUAGGGGAACAGGUAGAAGAACCUAUAGUGGAACCAUGUUUAUGCCAAAAAUCUGGCCCAAAACCUCCUUGUCAUUGUGGCAAGGGCGAUGAAUGCACUUGUAGUUUCGUAUGUAUAUGCCAUAUACGCAGACCAUGUGAAUGUGAACCUAAGGAUGGCCAAGACCCUGCGUGUAAAGACGCAGAAGAGAAAUCUAUAUGUAGCUGUCCGGCAAGUCCAGUAUGUUCUUGUGUAGAUACGUGUGAUUGUGAACCCAAGGAAAAAGUGUGCACUUGUGAAGAUCCCGACAAUUGUAACUGUAUGAAAAUUUGUGACUGUACGGAGCCUUGUCUAUGCGAUAUACAAAAGGAGAAAGAUGAAAACAUAUUUUGCACAUGUCCUGAAAAUAAGACUAUUAUAGGAGGAGGUAUCGUUUGCACAUGUCCGAAGAAAGACGAUGGUCGAAAAUUAAAACGAGUUCAAGCACCUGGCGAACAAGGAUAUCGAUGGUGCCAUGAUGUUGAUCCCAGGCAUACAUAUUUUGACUUUGGUUAUGGACGUCAUGACAAAAUUUCGUACAAAGAACCACCAGUGGAAAAAAUAAAAAUUUUAGGACUCCAUGAACACGAAGAACUUCAGUCCAAUGUAGAUGUUUGUCCCGUUCAUAGUAUUGAAGCCCCUCAGUACAUUAAGAAAGUACGAAAGGCAAGUUUAGAUUGCUGCAGUACUGUCGGAGGUAUCAGUUUCAGCGUGGAAAUGUUGGGAGAGGACGGGAAUAAAUUUUUAGUUCAAGUUGUUUCACAUUCAUCAAAAGAAGGAGCGAAGUCUAGUUCUAAACUUGUCAGUAUACUUGACUGCAACCUGCAUACGCUGGAAGAAAAUAGAAGCGAACAAAUAACGAAGAGGCAUCUAACCAAGGAACGUCGGAGUUACAUGACGAUUAGUGAGAGCGGCUAUUACAAUAAAGUGACUCGCAUUUGCGGCGAACGCCAUAUUGUGAAACGUAUUUACCACUCGUUCGAAGAAGCACACGACUUUUUACUGGAGGGCGCAAAUGUCGUGCUUCUGCGCUAUUUCGCAUUAUCCCGUUAUAAGGGCAAGCUAAAGUCCGACACUGUCCUCAUUGAUGGGAUGAUAUGCGAGAGUGUGUAUGUGUCCCAUGGUACCAGCCAGGCUAUUGUGAAUGGAACUCCGCUUUACGUAGUUAAAGUUGAACGCCAUAUUAUAGAGCCAACUGGAUUUGUUCACCAAACACUGACAGUUCUCACCCUCAAAGGCUAUCUGGUAAGCCACGAGUGGGCAGAUAAUGAGUACAUGAUUCAUCUGAACCCAUUGUUGCGAGUGGUUCCCGAGAGAGACGAAAUAGAGCGCCAUGAGCCGACGCGGGAGAAAUGGCGGAGCGAUCUUCAGCUGUUCUCCGAUUACCUCGAUUUUAAGAGUACCCGGUCAUCGGACGGUGCACGCUACGUGACCGAAAAUGGGGAACUGGCUGCGACGAUCCGGGACUAUCUGCAGACAUUGCUAUUGCUUCGGCCGAGCGAUGCCUUACACUUCACCAGGCAUUACUUCGGCAGCGCCUUGUCGGCUCUUGACUUGCCUCACAGCGAGUAUUUCGAUCCCUGCUCUAAACAUGUACGCUAUUUCUACUUUGAAGAGUAGAUUUUACAAGUUUUACAGCUUUUUUAUUCGUAUACAACAUUUAAUGUAAUUGAAUGUAUCUUUUAAAUCAUAUUUUUUCUUUGAAAAAUCUGUCAAACUGUGUCACGAACGUUUAUUAUAAUGUUUACCUUUGUAACUAUGCUGUGCAGGCAAUGAAACAUUUCAGUUUGUGGUGUGUUACCGUUUACAAUGAAGAAUAUCAUUUAAACCGUGAAAUCCCUUGAUUUGUUACUAACGCAUAGCUUAUGUGCCUAUGAAUACAGUAGUUUUGCUUAAAAAAUAGAUAAGAAAACAUCUUUUUAUUAUUAUUAUUCAUUGUUUAUAUGAGUCAUAAAAGUUUUUUAGUAAAAAUUGUGACAAAAUCUUUAAUUGUAUUACUGCACUCAGAUGCUACUUUUUUAACAAUCAAAGAACAUGAUGCGGCACAAAUGCUUAGUCUGAUCGUGUCGCUUGUUCCACGCUCUCGCUUGACGGAACGUGACAUUUUUUCGUGCGUGCAACCGGCGUUCAUCGAUUUAAAAGACGUUAUCACGUCAAUGAUAUUUCGGAAACUAUUAGUCUGAUUUUAAUAUUUGCUUACCUAUUUAUUUUCUUUUUAAUAAAUAAUAUUGUAAGACAAAAUCGAAAUUAGAUGAUGUUCUUCAUAUUCUUCUUCGUGAGAAACAAAUAGAAAAUAUUAUUUUAGUUUCUUCCAUUCAAGGUUUUGUUCAAAGUUUUAUUAAAACCAUGUUCAUAAGAGGAAAUUUCUA